AUGGCUUCAUCAAAAUAUAUAAGCUGCCCUAUUAUAAAUGUGAUACGGCAACAAGAAGUCAUAUACCCUACCUGUGAUUAUUGUGGGAGGAAAUUAAAAUUACCAUAUGAGAAAAGAAUAUCAAAACUAUUAACCGAGCCAAGUAAUGUUAAUAACAACAAUGAUGAGAAUCAGGGACAUCAAGAGAACAAAAAAAACAAAUUACAAGUUGAGGAUCGAUAUUCAUUAAGGUGUUUUCGUUGUCAUGUCAUCUACAAGCAUACCGAAAUAUCUUAUCGAUAUCGAAUUUGUAUAAUGGUUUCUAUUAAUGAUUAUCUAUAUAGAGUAACGAUAUUUGGAGAUAGUCUUGAUAAAAUAUUUGGAUGUACAGCAACGGAAUAUGAAAUUUUCAAAACACGAUUAAUUUUUGAUAUGAAUGCAUUUGAAUUUAAUCUAAAUACAUUCAACGCUUUGGAUUAUGUUAUAAGUGGGGAGUUGUGUUUAUUGGAAUUGUCUAAUCAUUAUUAUAAAUUACUAAAAGAUGUAAAUGAUAAAAAUAUUGAUGUCAUUGCUAAUAACAUUCAAAUAAUGAAACCUAAUUCUUAUUUGAAUGUUGUUGGAUAUUUUAGGAAUUACUAUAAUAAUUAUGAAGAGAAAUGGAAUAAAUUUUUUUAUAUGAUUAAUAAACUUGAUGAAAGAUUAAUAGAAAGGUUGGAAGGGGAAUUAGAGGAAGUACUUGUUGAUAAUAUUUAUCAAAACAGGAUACAAGAUGAUGAUACCGAGAUUUUUAUUGAUUCAGCUGAAUUUGAACAUUUGGAUAUUGAAUUAUUAUAUUGUCAAGGACUUCAUCUUGAAGAUUCUUUUACUAAUUUGGAAAAUUCUGAUAUCUUAGAAUGGGAUCCUAUUCUUGCUGAUUCUAACUUUUAUUUAGAAAAAGAAUAA